CCUUCACUCGCAACAUCGACUCUGCCUGGUAGUCGCCAAGGCCCGUGAUCUGCAGGAUGCUCUACCAAAGAUAAACAGCAGGACUCUACAUACUUCUAUCCUUAGUACUAACUCUUCUUUUGGAGCCUUUAUUCCUCUAAUGCGUUCCUGCACUGUUUGAUAGCCGUCUGGGUAUUCCUUUGUAGUCCAUCCUGGUUCUACCAUCUGUGCAAACAUGCUCCUAUCGCAACAACUCUUAGCAAUACCUGCCUCUCUAUUCUCUCUCGUUUCUACUGAACAGGUUCCGCUCAAGAUUCCCGAUGCUAAAUAUCCUUGGAUCCGCAGGUACGCGUCAAUAGGUGACUCGUACGCCGCAGGGCUAGGCUCAGGCAGCCGAAUAGAUUGGUCGUGCUCCAGAUACAACAACUCUUACCCCAACAUCCUCCACGCCUCUUUCCUGGGAGACGAUCCAAAGCGAAACCACCAGUUCCUUGCCUGCACUGGAGCUGCAAGUACGGAUGUCAUCGAGAAACAAAUCCCCGCUCUCCAUGACAAUCUCGACCUUCUCACCAUCUCCGCGGGCGGAAAUGAUGUCGGGCUCACGGUGAUACUGAACAACUGCAUAUACCAGUUCUUCAUGGCUGGGGAAGACGACUGCGAACUCGCUAUGGAAGAAGCGCGGCAAAAUAUUCACAAUGAAACCCAACUCCAUCGCAACGUCACCCUGCUCUACGAGGCUGUCAAGCCUAAGAUGAACAAGCACGGGAUCGUAUAUGUCACUGGAUACGCAACUUUCUUCGGCAUAGCCGAUGAACUGUGUGAUAGUGUGACUUGGGCUGUGUGGGAUGGCGUUGAGUCUGGCCAAACGAAGCAAUUUCUGACACUCGAACGCCGCAUCUCGUUGAACAAGCUGGUGCAAUCCGUCAACCUUGUACUACGCGAAGCCACAGAAGCCAUGGGCCCUAAUUUCCGGUUUAUCGACUAUGACAAGCACAUCGCGGAGGGCCGAGGCAGAUAUUGUGAAGUCGGUGUUCAGGAACCUGCUCCAAACCGCUGGGGCUUGGAUUUCUACGAAUGGAACACGAUCGACUCAGGCGAGAAUAGCACGGAGAUGGGACGAACGGGCGACGAUGUUCCUAAAGGAUCUUUCGAAGGGGACAUUGCGGAGCGCAUCAACAAGACGUUGCAAGAACAUCCAGAUUGGCAAUUCGAUCCCGACAAAGGCUUCGUUAACAAGUCAAAGACGAUGGUUAGGGAGGAGGGGAUCAUUGGCGAUACAAUUAGCUGGAUGUUACCGGAUUCUUGGAAACGCGUCUUCCAUUUGCGGCCACAGGCACAUGCGCUUAUUGCUGCGCUCAUCUCGGAAGACUUACAGAAGAAGGAAGGGAAAGAUACGGUUCAUCCCAAUUUCCUCGCUGCACUACCGUAGAGAUUGCGACAGGAUGGUCUGAGGGAUGAUGAUGGUCUCCAUGAUGUACCGAAGGCCUUACCUAAGAAGUCGACUUUAGAAAGGCUUGAGGCGAAAUUGAAGAGACUCCUUGACUAGGAAUAGGAAUGAGAUAAGACGAUUUGACGAUUUCGGGCCUUUUGAGUAACGUUUGGGUUGAUGAUAUAGCAUCUGCUUACUGGGGUUUGCUUUCAGGCGUUGCUUUCUCGAUUUAAUCUUGCGUCGGUAUACCAGCG